AGGGUCGUAGCCGAUUCUUAUUUCUUACCAUUUCCAUCAGCUUUUGCAGUGGCGAAGACCUCAAAGCGAUGUUCCUCAACAAACUACCCGCCACCAAAAUCCUUCAAAAAAGCCGCAAAAACCCCCUUCUAUCCCUCUGUUUCCCCUUCGCGAAUCCUCCUUAUACCUUCACACAGAAGUCCGGCUAUGUCGAUGUCUACAUGAAAUGGAAGAAAGAUUCGUAUUACGAUUCCAUCGAGCAUAUCCUCAACUCCAUCCAACUCAAAUCCGUCAUCUCUUUCAAAAACUGCAUCGCCCAAGACCCAAAUGGGUGCAUCCCAAUCUCUGCCGUUUCUAAGCGAGGGCUCGAAAUGGGUGUGUCGAUGAGGGUUUCGAGGUUUCUAAGGUUGUACCCAUCAAUUUUUGAAGAGUUCACAGGUCCUCUAUACAAUCAUCCUUGGUUCAGAUUGACCCCAAAAGCUGCUGAGAUUGAUGAAGAAGAGAAAAGGGUUUAUCAGAAUUGCAGGGAGGAUUUGAUAUGCAGGUUGAAGAAGUUCAUACUGAUGAGUAAGAAUAACGUUCUGCCAUUGAAGAUAAUCCAAGGUAUGCAAUGGUAUUUAGGGAUUCCUGAUGAAUUUUUGCAAAAUCCAGAAGUUAAUCUUGAUGGGUCUUUUAAGUUAGUUACAAUGGAAGAUAAAUUAGAAGGAUUAGCUGUGGAAUGUGAUGAGAAGUUCAUGUCUGUGAUGCAGAAAAACGCCAUUAAAAAAGGUGUUUAUUCUUGUGGAACAAUGGAAGCUCUUGAAUUCCCACUCUUCCCCUCAAAGGGCUUAAGGUUGAGGAGGAAGAUUGAGGACUGGUUAAUGGAGUUUCAAAAGCUUCCUUAUGUAUCUCCCUAUGAAGAUUUUUCACAUUUGGAUCCAAAUAGUGAUAUAUCAGAGAAAAGAUUGGUGGGUUUUCUUCAUGAAUUGCUUAGUUUAUUUGUGGAACAUUCAGCAGAGAGGAAGAAGCUUCUGUGCCUUAAAAAGCAUAUGGGUUUGCCUCAGAAGGUUCAUAAGGCAUUUGAGAGACAUCCUCACAUGUUUUACUUGUCUUUAAGAAACAAGACUUGUACUGCUAUUCUUAAAGAGGCUUAUUGUGAUAAAGCUUCUAUUGAGAGACACCCUAUAUUGAGAAUUAGGCGAAAGUAUAUCAAUCUGAUGAAGGAAUCUGAAGUGAUUUUGAAGAACAGGAGAUUUGGUAAUGGUCUUGCUCAUCGAGAAGGUCUGGUGGACUUGGAUUUGGACUUGGAUUUGGAUGCUGCAGAUGGAGAUCAAAGGGAAAUUCCUAAGUGUUAAUGCUCCACUCUCUUGUGUAAUGCCAUUACUUUUAGCCUGCAAGAAAAUGAACUGGAAUUCUUUCUGAUCAAGGCAGCUGGAGACUGGCCUGACCUUGCUGCAAUCCGAAAACUGCUCUACCGGGAGGAUGAGAAGGAAGACGCCGACGCCGACUGUCCAAUUCUCCUUUCU